CUUCCUCUUGUCUCUGUAUCCAUCUCUCCCACACAGGCGGUCAGUCAAUCAGAGACGCACGCACCACGCGCACGUCCACGCCUGCAGGCCCAGCCAGCCAGCCAGCCAUCCAUCCACCCACCCCCCCACCUUCUUGUUACCCUUGGUGCCUUGGGUGGACACGGCAGCUCCGUCGUCAUCACCACUCACUCUCAUUCCGGUGGGGGUACUCACUACACACAAGACUGUCAAUCAUCACAGCUGAACCGACUUAUGUGAACACAACAUCAAACACACAAAGGCACAAACACCAAACACACAAUCACCGGGCGCACGUAAAACGUCGCUGUGUUGCUUUUGCUGCAAGCCGUUAGUUAUUAUUUCGCGCGGCCACCAACAAACCCCCCAAGCCAGCAACCCCAACAUUUCCCAUCACUGAUUUGAUUCCACCGCCUUGUGCUGUUUCUGCCGCCGACGUGCGAUCCAUAUUGCAGCAGCGGUUGUGGUUGUGGUGGUUGUGGUUCCGUGGCCAUUGAUCCCCUUCCUCUCCAUUUGUUCCCACUCGUCGUUUGACCUGUUGAACCACACCUCUUCUUCUUUCUCUCAGGGCUGUCUUGGUUAUCUCUCUGUCCACACAGUUGAUGGCCUCGGUGGAGAUCAUUAUUGGGCAGCGCCGCCGCCUCUCGCACAUCCACACCUCAAGCUCCCGCCGCCUGCAUACAGCUCGCGAUGGCCUGGCUUUGUUGUGAUCUCGCCUUCAACGACAUCAUGGUGGUGCCGCUGGAGGUGACACAAACAGAGACACCGUUACCUUCGUCAUCCCAGCCCGGCAGCCAAGCGCUGGCAGCAACGAUACCCGCUGGCAAUGGCCUGCAGCGCCAGCAGCAGCAGUAUGACCAGCACCAACAGCAGCACCAGCACCAGCACCAGCAGUAUGAUCAGCACCAGCAGGGCCAGGUGUUCCAAGACUACACGCAGCAAGAACAAGAACCAGGACAGCCCUAUGCGCAAAGCGCGCAAGCCGGUGCAGAGGAGGAGCUGCCUGCACAACCGAUGCUCCACAGCCCAGACAUGUGGCAGCAGGCAUCGUCUCAGCACGUGCCUGCCACCAGCGCCGCUGUUCAGCCAACAGACUUGCUCACGCAGCACGCAUUGCUUGACCAGCCGUCGCAUCAAGGGUCCCAGUCACCUCUUGCUCGGCAGCCAUCCGCCUCCUCCCUGUUUGAUGUCACGUCCCCUGGUCCCAUGCCAGGGCAGGCGGCUACCGGCACUGCAUCGCCGUAUGCGGUUGAGCAGGCAAGUGGGGUGGGGAGCGAGGCAGGCAGCUAUGCGAGCAAGCGCCACCCGAGCAACAGCAGCAGCGGUAUGGGCACAACCCCCGGCAGCAACACCGGUGUCGUGUCACAGCAGCAGCAGCAGCAGCAGCAGCAACAGCAGCAGCAGCAGCAACAGUCCUACCAGCAGUCACCUCAAUCGUACCAGCAAUCGCCGCAGCACCAGACGGAACCGCAGCAGCAGCAGCAGCACGAGCAGGUUGGAGGUGCGGGCAGCGGCAGUGUCGCAUCAGUGCACGUGCAGCACCACGGGGCGGAUGUGGCGUGGGCGGCGCCGGGACACGAGCCGUCGUCGUCGGCCUACACGCAGGCAGCGACAUCUGCAGCAGCGGUGGAUAUGAUGCUGGAGGCCCUUGUCUCGCCACGAUCCAAGGACAGGCCGCUGCCGCUGCCGGCGCCACCGACCAACGAGCAGCAGCAGCAGCAACAACAACAACAACAACAACAACAACAACAACAACAACAACAACAACAACAACAACAACAACAACAACAACAACAACAACAACAACAACAACAACAAGACCUGUUGCCGAUGCCAGAUGGCAGUGUAGCCGCUGUUUCUGCAGCAGCAGUGCAGGAGCACAACGAAACCAUGAAGAUGGUUCACGAGAUUUUGGAGUCUGCACACAACUCCAUGGCGGCGUUUGACGAUGCACUAUCCCAAGAACAACAACAAUAUCAACAGCAGCAGGGGCAGCAGCAGCAGCAGCAAGGGCAGGUGUACGCAACCCACUCGUCUGCUGCAACGCCACAGGCUGUCACGCCCCAGCGCACCACCCCGCAGCCGUCGCCAUAUGUGCACCGCUUCCAGCACAACCACCGGCCACGCCGUGCCUCUGCCUCCAUCCUCGGCCUGGCGUCACCGCCGCCGCUGCACCACCCCACGUCGCUCAGCUCUGCACAGGACGCUGUGCUGCAGUCGCGCCACUCCGCUGUCCUUGGGCCACACUCGCACUCGCAGCCGCCGUUUAUGCACCAGCAGCACCACGAGGAGCAAGCGCAGUGGUUUCUGCCGUCGCAGUCUGCACACGGGAACACCUCCGCAGCGACGGGCCCAACAAACUUUACGGCGGUCCUGCGCGACCUGCUGCCACGCGACCACACGUUGCUGCCGUCCGCCCCAGCGGCAUCAUCGUCAUCGCCGUCAUCAGCAGCGCCGCUGCCAGAGGCAUUCGCUGUAUCGAGCGAGCAUUACACCCAGCAGCAGCAACUGCCGCCGCCACCACCACCACCACCACAGCAUCUUCAACAACAACAACAACAACAACAACAACAACAACAACAACAACAACAACAACAACAACAACAACAACAACAACAACAACAACAACAACAACAACAACAACAACAACAUCAGCAGCAGCAGCAGUAUGGGGAGGGCCCAGGAUCGCGGCGCCGAACGCGGCGACGACAGCAGCGGCGUCGCGGUAGCAUCACCACUGUUGGCGCCGUUGCACACAUGACCAGCCAGCCACGCUACAUGACCCGCAGAGCCGCGCAACACAACCACCAGCAACAGAACCACCACCACCACCAGCAGCAUCAGCAGCAGCAGCAGCAGCCUGUGCAGCCUGUGCGGCGGUCACCGCGGGUUCAGGCGCGGCGGACCGGUUUCCCGUCGUCGUCAGCAUCUGCGAUCCCAGAAGCAAACGGACGCGCACACGCACAGCGGCAGUACACGCAACAGCGCCAAUCGCCGGCGUAUUCACAGCAGCAGCAGUCGUUUGGUGGGCCCGUUCGCACCCUGCCACGACGCGCAGCGCACCAACACGCGCGUGUGCAGAUGCAGAUGCAGUUGCAGCCGGCGAGAGGCCAGCGAGCACUUCGCCAGCAGCAAGAACAGACAAUGCUGCAGCACCAACAGUACCAACAGCAGUUUCAGCAUCAGCAGCGACAACAUCAACAGCACCAGCUGUUGUUGCAGCAGCGGAAGCAACAGCAACAGCAGCAGCAGCAGGAGCACGGGCAGCGUGGCGCGAAGAAGGCGAAACGGCAGAAGCAGCGGGACAAACAACAGCAAGCCAAACAACAACAGCAGGAGCGACGAGCGGGCCGCAACGUCAAGGCUGAGGAGCACUCGCAGGCAGAGUCUGAGCAGCACGAUGACGGCGACGCACAGGAAGAACUAAUGCUGAGCACGGGACAUGGCGAUGAGGAUGGGAAGGGCGCCGGUCACAAGGGCCGCUACCCACGCGCAUGCCCCAACCCGUCGUGCGACAAGGUGUUUUCCAGCAGCGCCGGCUUCUACUACCACAUCCGCACUGUGCACAACGCGAAUCGAAACGCGCCGCUCGUGUGCCCCAUUGACCGCUGCAACAAAACGUUUCGUUCUGUGCCUGGCCUGGAGUACCACCUGAAGAAGCACGCAAACGGGGACAUCUGUGACGGGCAGGGCCGCGUGCUGCGCUGCACCAACAUCAACGCCGCCAAGAAGCGAGCGAUGAAGGAGCGCAAGGAGAAAUCGCUGAGGGCCGACGUUGCCAUGUAUCUUGCCUCCAAGAACAAGCCGAGCUGA